AUGGAAUUGAUAUGUCUAUAUUUAAUUCUUUCGUUGUACAAUUCAGUGAAGGGGAUUAAUGAUCGAAAUGGUGAUAUUAAUGAAACUAGUCCGCCGUCGCCAAAUGUCUACAUUGGCAAUAGGCAAUUUCCAAAUACAGUCUACGAUGUAAUAAUAGUCGGUGGUGGACUAUCGGGAUUAAGCGCUGCAAGAUUUCUAUGCAAAAAAAUCUCUAACAUAAAAAUCCUUGUACUUGAAGGACGAUCGAGAUUAGGUGGACGAAUAAAAUCUAUCUCGAUGAAAGCAACAAAUGGAACAGAAAAAAAGUUUGACAUAGGUAGUCAAUGGAUUGGCCCAAGGCAUCAUGAAUUGAAUGCCCUUUUAUCUGAGUUUGGAAUUGAUACUGUCAAACAGAAAGUGUGCGGCAAAACGACAAUUAUGGAUGUUAACAUUAGAAUACAUAAAAGAGAGAUCGAUUUGGAAUUUCCAAUAACGGGUAAAUUAAAUUUGAGUGGUUUUAUAACUGAACCACGAGCUCGAGAACUGAAUUCCUAUAGCAUUGCUGAAUACUUUGCAACUCAUCAUUUGGACUCUCAGAUUAAACAUAACACUAAUCGUCUUCUUCAGACUUUAUUUGAUGCACCGGCUCAUGAUGUGUCCGCUCUGCAAAUCCCGAUAACAACAAGUAGUGAUCAAGUGGAUCUAACUGAGCUGCUUCUUUCGACUGGCCAUGGUGGAUCGUAUAUUGCAGAAAAUGGGCUGCAAACCCUUAUUGACAAAUUAGCUGAAGGAAUUGAAGUGGAGUUGAAUAGUAAUGUUAUUCGAGUUACUGACAACAAAAAAGAUUCAUACGAAGGUUACUUCAAUACGUCAGAGAAUGAAAAUGAGGUAAUUAUCGAAACGACAAAAAAAGCAUAUCGAGCUCGAGAUGUGAUUAUUGCAAUACCUCCACUACUCGUCUCCCAAAUGGCAUUUGAACCGCAUUUAAUUCUAUCACAACAACAACUUUUUUGUAUACCUUUAUAUAAUGAUUACAGACCCAGAGGUCAUGCUUAUACCUUUGUUGUCACUUAUGAAAGUCCAUUUUGGAACAAGGAUCACAGAAAUGGACAUGUCAUAUACUCGGAUCCUACUGGAAAAGGACCUUUAUUAUGGUUAACUACUUUUGACGCCUCAAGAUAUGUCAACAAUGAUGAUACUUGUUGUAAAUUUUUCUGUUGUAAAUUUAAUUUCUUUACUGUCAAAUUUAAUCACGACAAGCAAUGGUUCGCUGAUAAAUUCUCUCGCGGAUUUGUCGGAGUAUUUGGACCAAAACAAAUACCUCCAUCAUUAUUUUCGUUACUUGCGGACUCGCAUGGUAAUCGUGUUCAUUUCGCUGGUGCUGAAUUCUCUUCAAAAUCAAUUGGUUUAAUGAACGGUGCCGUUGCAUCGGCACGAACAGCUGUGGAGCGUGUGGUAAAUAACAAAAUUCAACGUGGUGAAUUGUCACCAAUGAUUCUAUUGCCACCGUCAUCUAUCUCAAUCAAUGCCGAAAAUUUUUCAAACGGUAUAGAUUCACUUAAAUUAGAUGUUGAAGAAGAAAUAGAAAUCAUCAAUGAAACAGCAAUUUUUGAAACACCAAAUGUUGGAACAGAUUUUGCAGAUGCUUUCAAAAAUAUCGAAUCGUCAUCAAAUCCAACAAUUAUUGAAAUGGUAGAAGAGAUGGAAACUAUCGAUGAAGCAGAUAUUAUCGAAAUUCCAGAUUCAGAAAAUGCGACAGCUAUCGACAAAAUUUCAGAUUCAGAAAUCCAUAUGACAACUAAUAUCGAAAUAGCAGAUUCAAAAAAUAAUGAGACAACCAUCAUCAAAAUUUCAGAUUCAGAAACUACCACAAGCACAUCAACUGAAUCAAUACCUGGUGAAUUCAGCGAAUUAAUGACGAACGUGUAUGGCCAAAAUCCACCGAUAUCAUUUGAGAAGCUACCUCAUGAACAACGAAUCGACUUCGCAUUAAUGUUAUCAUCGUCACUAACUUUGCUACUAAAUACGCUUAAAGCAAUCGCUAACGAUACAGCAGUGAUGAAUUCAACGAUUUGA